AGGAGGGCGUGCUGUAUGUAAGUGACGAAGAUGAGUUAAGAACGGACAUCGACGGUUAGAGCCGUUGAGAAUUCCGUUGUUGUUUUUUUAUUCAAAUACAAAACUCAAAUUUGGUUUGUAUUAAAAACAAAUUAAGCGAGUGACAACUAAAAAAAGAGCUCGCGCUUCCCGCCUGUUCGGCCACAUUCUUUGCCCUCGCGCGCGGCCCUUCUUCUUCUGUUCCAGGAUUCGAAUUUAACGUUUGUACCGACUUUUUACGUUUGUCUUCAGUCUUCAACGUUUUUUACCCGUCAAAGGUAACCGAAAAAAGGAGAUUUUUUCUCGCCGCCUGCGUCUCGACUGCCAGCAGAAGGAGACUCUGCCUCGUCUCGUUCCUUCGGUGGGGGUUUCUCCUGUCGUUCAGUCCCGUAGGAUGAUGCCGCCGCAUAUGAGAUUUCGGAGAAGGUCAUUUCUCGGGCUGCUGUUCCUCUUCUCCCUGUCUACCUCGGCGCUUUACUUCAUCUACUCAGCUCCUGGAAUAGUGAAUGAGUACCUGUUCAUGGUGCAGGCCCGAGGGAUGAGGAUCCGGGAGAACGUGAGGAACAUCGGAGCUCAGGUUCUGGAGCAGGUGGUGAGAAGUGCCUACAGCAUCAAUGGAACAGACUAUCCAUAUGAUUUCAACCUGAGUGAAACAGCUGCUCCCCCCACUCCGUAUCUGCCUGCAGGAUUCACCUACCUGCCCACUGACAUCUGUCCAGAGAGACUGCCCACCAUGAAGGGCCGUUUGGUGGUGAAUAUGAGCGAGAUAGCUCUGGAGGAGGUGGAGAGGAGCCUGCGGCACGCGGACCCCAGCCUGGGCCUCGGCGGCCACUGGAAGCCUCAGGACUGCAUCCCCCGCUGGAAGGUGGCCAUCUUGGUGCCUUUCCGAAAUCGUCAUGAGCAUCUGCCUAUCCUCUUCAGGCACCUCAUCCCAGCGCUGCAGAGACAGAGGCUCCAGUUCGGCUUCUACGUUGUUGAACAGGCCAGUGAUGAGCCCUUCAAUCGUGCCAUGCUGUUCAAUGUGGGCUUUAAAGAGGCCAUGAAGGACCUGCAAUGGGACUGCGUAAUAUUUCAUGACGUCGACCACAUUCUGGAGAACGACCGGAACUAUUACGGCUGCAGCGAAAUGCCACGACACUUUGCUGUCAAGCUCAACAAGUACUCAUACAUGCUUCCCUAUGAUGAGUUUUUUGGUGGUGUCAGCGGCCUUACUUCCAAGCAGUUUCAGAAGAUAAAUGGAUUUCCCAAUGCUUUCUGGGGUUGGGGAGGGGAGGAUGAUGACCUUUGGAACAGGGUUCAAUAUGCUGGCUACACCGUGAGCCGACCUCCGGGAGACAUUGGACGCUAUAUGUCCAUUCCUCACCACCACCGAGGAGAGGUCCAGUUUCUGGGGAGGUACACGUUACUCCGACACUCCAAGGAGCGGCAGAGGCUGGACGGCCUGAACAACCUGCGCUACUCCCCCCAAGUGUCCCGACGGAGUCUGUACACCAACGUAUCUGUUGCUCUGAGCCGAGACUUGGCCCUCGUUGCAGACUAUUAACAACCAUCACUCUGUCACAUUCACACUUGAGCAGAGGACAGGACACGAAUCAGUCCUGCCCAACUCAACCCUAUCACCUAGCAAGGCCAGAACACCUUUCAGGACUCAUCUUCUCACUGCUCCACAAACCUCUGCGGAACAUUUCACUUUUGUUUUCAAUUUUCAUUUCAUACCAUUUUUGCUCUAGAGAAGGAAAGACGACGCAGUCCUGCAUCAUACUGCUACAGGCUAAAUUUGAGGAGGAACUGUUUUUUGUGAGCUUUCUUUUAUAUCACAUCACACUUUUCAGGUAUCGGGUCUCCGUCCGCCUUUUUGCAACACCAUUUCGGCCUUUCGCUUCUGCUAUUGCUUCGUUUGUUUAGCCACUCUUUCCCCUCAUUCGUUUGCUAAAUGGAACGGCUGAAGCUCACCUGCCCGGACUCUGGCCACGCCUAACCUCUCUGCUGACCAAACCAGACACCACCAGAGCAACGAGUGCCGUGUGUCUUCUAAACAGUCCACAGCGAGAGUGGAGUCAUGUGUUUACAAUGGGAAUGAGUAAGCUAUCCAGUGCGACAACAAGCAUGGCGCUCAAUGCGGAUACAUUAGUUGCUGCCACAGGAGAACGUCUCAUUCCUUCAUCUAGAAUAAAGCGCAGCGGGUUCUGUGCAAUACAAUAUAAACGAACAUGCACUGAUAUAAAUGGGAUAGACACCAUCAGACAUGGUAGGCAUCUUGUGUCACAACGAGUUUGAGUGUUUCUCGUGUGCAUAGACUCUAUUCGCAUGCCCUUAUCCAGUAUGGUAACAGCGCACUAACUCACAGCCAAAACAAAUGCAUGGGGACCUGUUGGACGAGUUAAUUUGAGGUUUGAGCGUAUGAUGGAGCAAUACACAAGUGUAGGCCGUCCUGUUUACACCACUAGAAGAUGACAUAAGACAUUCUUAUAGACAGAUUUUUUGCAUUUCAUUCUUUCAGUCAUGAGAGAGUGGGUGGGGUUUCGCACUGACUGCUAAUGCCAUGCUAGAAUGCACUAAGAAAAGGCAAUAGACUAUGCAAACCCCUCUGACGCAUCUACUAAAAAAUAUAUAUAAUAACAGAGGAGGGCAUUGAAAAAGUCUAUUGUGACUCCAUGCAAUUGUUGUGCUCUUUAUGUAUACGUAUUGGCUUUGUGUAUGCGUGUAAGAUUGAAGAGGGCUAUGCAAAAAGGUGACAUAAUUGUUGUGGAAUUGAAGGCUGCCUGUGUUCUCUGAAAGUGUUUGUCCUCUAUCCUUUGUGCAGGUCUGGAUUAAAGGAAUACGUCACUUAAAACCAGCAAAGUUGUUGACUAAAGGCUAGUGAUGCAGCUAUGAUAAACCACUAGCCACCACUAGCUGUUGUUCAUCAUUAGCCAGGUUAGUCUUAUUAGGUGAUCUUAUUAGGUUCACCAAAAACUACAAAAAAAUGUUAAAUAUUAAGCGAUGGCUAGUGCUGGCCAAAUGCAACCAAGAUAACCACUAGCUUUAAAUUAGCAUUAGGCAAUUUUGUCAUUUAGCUGAACUUUUCACCUAAAACUACAAAAAAAGUUGCUCCAUAUUGAGUUAAGCCUAGAAAUGGCCAAAUGCAACCAAGAUAACCACUAGCCACCACUAGCUUUCAUUAUUUUACUCUAUUCUGUUCUUAGGUGAUGUAUUCUUUUAAGAGAAGACCACUUGGUGUUUCAAAAUUGAAGUUGCGAUGAUGCCCGUUUUUCAGGGUUAUGCAACCAGCUGUACAUUUCUGUAUAGUGAUGUUUACACAGUGAUGUUUAUGGUGUUUAAAACACACUGGGUUCACUGUUUAGCGGACAUCAUGUCUGGUUUACACAGGGCUUCUAUCAUUCUUAACCCAAUGUUCUCUCCAACCUCUGCAACAUUUUCCAAGCUCUGCAACAUCAUAAUUUAGUCAGAGUAGGAGGCACAUAAGCUAGACACUAUGCCGAUGCCUCUGAUUAAGUCAUUACAGCAAGAAAUUAAUCAUCAGCCAUUUCUGGGCACACAACCAGAAGGCAUUGGCAGUAACUUCUGUCUGAAAGGGAGAGUUGGACAGACAUGGGCAGUAUAGGAACAGAAGCUGCUAGAGUAGUGGUAGGAAGAUGUCAUAGCAGUAUAUUUUUGUGCUUUAAUAGAGGAACAUUUUUUUAAUUUACACAUUUGGAUCACUGGAGAAAGGCUGCAGAAUAUGCUUUGCCAUAAAUUUACACUAGUGUUCAGAAGGUUGGAAUCACAUAUUAAAAAUGGCUGUUAUUUUAUUCAACAAUAGCUCAUACAGUGUGGAUUGAAAACCAACAGUUAUUAAAAUAUACAUAAUAUACUGUUAAUUAUCUGAACAUACGGUAUAUAUAUAGCUUUUUCAUUCAUUUUGGAAUCUUUCUAAUACUGGACAUUUUUAUCUCCUUUUUCUUUUAACAGUCGAUUGGUCGAAUUUGUGAAGUUGUGGAGGAGUAGCAUCAAAUUACACACAGAUUGUUAGAAAGGUAUUUUGCGUAAUGCCAUAAAACCAUUUUGGAUACUUAAAAAACAUUUCAGUGAAGAAAGUCAGAUGUGUGGGUAUGAAGAACCUCUUGAAAGUUUAAAGAACCUCCACAUAUUAUAUAGUUUCUAGGAAGAAUACUUCAUUUUAUAGAGAACCCUGACCUUGUGCUGAUUCUUGUGAUGAGAUGGUCCACAUCUUUGCUUUAUCCCGAUGUGUUGCAAAUUAGAUGGGAGCAAAAAUUGGACCAUCUGGGGGUCCCUGAGGACCAAAUUUGAGAACCCCUGCCCUAAAGAACCUUUCAGUGAAGAAUCAUUUUUGUAAAUAAAAUGUACAAGUGAGAAGAACCCUUUUUGAAGUUUGAAGAACUUCCACAGACGUAAAGUCUGUACUAAGAACCCUUAAAUUGGUUAAAGAACCUUUACAUUAUGUGAAUGUUCUUUAUAGCUUUGAAAUGUUCUUCACACUCACACAUUUCAUUUGCAAACAUGGUUCUUCAAGGCACUAAAAUGAUUCUUCUGUGUGUAGAUUCAUUUUAUUUUAUUGAAAGCUUUUGAAUGUGAUUCCAAACUUAUGAACGGUAGUGUAGAUGAUAAAUUAGUUGUGUAAAUGUUGUGCAAACAUCCCACAAUAUCAGUUAACACACCUGUUUUAAUCAUACGACAAAGAAUAAUAUUACCAUGACAUGAAUUAGGAUGUACUGCCUGCUCCUACGUUGAGUGCGUGUAUGUGUUUGCAUAGGUUACAUUAUACCUCUGCAGUACACUGGGAAGUCAAUAUCCCAGAGCACACAGCCUCUUCUCACUAUUCAGCAUGUGUUUAUACAUAACAGACCCUCAUUUCCCCUGUUCAGUCGGUGCCUCUAGCUACCUCUAUGCCAGUUAAACUAACUGUGGCCAUAGGUGAAGCCAUUUGUAAUGAUCCAUUAGAGGCUAUGUGGGAUGUUUAAUUUGAGGGCCAGGCUCGGACAAAGGGCCUGCAGAUCAAACUAGAUUGCGAAACUACACAUGAUCUUACACACCCACACGCACGCACACACAUGCACUCUUAUGCCCCCCCCCCACCCCCCCUUCAUUUGACUGGAGCUCUAUCACUACACGCAGGUUUCGUGGCUUGUUGUACAUUGACCUGACGUAUAGCGAGUUUAGUAGUGUCAGUUAGCGUGCGUGAAGUUGUGUAUGUGUGUGUGUGUGCAUUCAUCCUAGAGGCUGGCCUCUUGUAUUUAUUCUUUUGUGGACCUGUGGUUGAUUUUAUUAUUAUUUUUUUAUUAUUAUGUUUUGUUUCAUUUGAUUGUAAUUGUGUAGAACGUGAAAAAAAAGAUCUACUACUGUAAAAUGAGCGGAGCUGUGAUAAAAAAAAAAAAACAAACAAACAAAGCAAGCGCACUGAAACUGACACGAGCGUGUACGGUCGUGUUUUUUAGGUGAAGAAAGGCCGUACUGUAUCUGCCGUUUAGCCGAAUGGAGAGCCAUUUUUAUAUGAGGACGCCUGAACGAGGGAGAGAGAGAAAGACUGUUUGUUAGUGGCAGCUUGUUCUC